AUGAGCAGGGGCCACGAGCUGGAAUAUGUUGGUCUGGAUCCGCACAUCGUGGAGUCUGGUGAAGUCAAGAAGUAUCACGAAGUCUUCCCAAGCUUCACUGACGUCUUCACCUGGGGGCGAUCCCAGGAGGUGCUGGCCCAGCGAGAGCGUUAUCUUCGUGAAACCUUGCAGUUAUUCGCUCAGUUCUGCAACAUCAUUGGUUCGUUGGAAGUUCAGUUUGCAACGAAGUUGGGCCCAGCCGACCACUCCACACCAAGUGCGACGCACCAGGCCUUGAAUGCAAUGGCUUCUCGGGGUGCCGGCCUUUACGGCGUGUUCUUGAAGGGUAUCAUCGACAAAAUGGACGCAGAUGUUUGUGCAGUGCCUAGGCCGCUGCCGCAGACAGAGACGGAUGUUUUCUCCUUGCGCUAUUACAAGGUCGUUCAGAACCGCACCGAGGUAUAUGACAUAGUCACACGCGUCUUCCACCGCAAGGAAGGUUGGGAGGAACUUCCGCAUGGACUUGGCCUUUCGAACGCCUGGAACUUGUGUUGGACGUGGAGCAAGCCCAAGCUGGACUAUUCUCGCUUAUGUGUGUGGCAAAAAGUCAACCACUUUCCCGAGAACAAGCAUUUGACGCGCAAGGAUUUUCUCAAGAGGUGCAUCGACCGGUACACUCGAACAGGAGGCAAGCUGGCCCAGUACUUCAACAUCUGCCCAAGAACAUUUGUUCUCCCGAAAGAGUAUUGCUUAUUCAUUGACUGCUUCACCAAGAUAGCAGAGGAGAACGGAGAUCUGGAAGGAAGUAAUCCUCCUCCUGGACCAAAGGUCCCGAACAUGUGGAUCAUGAAGCCGGCUGGCAGCAGUCGUGGGCGAGGAAUUCAGGUCAUCAACGAUGUUAGUGCUGUUCACUAUGGAGAGCUGACAAUCAUUCAGCAGUACAUCAGCGAUCCAUUUUUGCUGGGCAGUUUCAAGUGGGAUAUGCGUACCUAUGUGACGGUAACCUCAUUUAAUCCUUUGGAGGCGUUUGUGUACAAGGAUGGCUUUGCUCGAUUCACCACAGUACCCUACAACACCACUUCCGACGACAUUGACAACAAGUUUGUGCACUUGACAAACUCAUCCAUACAAAGGCACAAUGAGGAGAACUUCAUGCAGAGUGAUGACAGUAAAGACAUGUUUCGACGGGAAGAAGCUAUCAUUGGAGGGACAAAGAUUUCGUUUCCGAUGCUGCGGGAACGGUUGGAGGCGGUGGGAAUUGAAUGGGCGACCGUAUGGGCGAGGAUGAUUGAAGUAAUACUGAAGUCGUUAUGCAUGGCAGAGGAUUUCAUUCCCAACCAGGUGAAUUCCUUCGAGCUGUUCGGGUAUGACUUGUUGAUGGAUUCAAAGAUGAAGGUGUGGCUGAUCGAAGUCAACUCUUCACCUUCAAUGGGGCAGGAGCAUCUACUGGACGAACAUGUCAAGCAGCCACUCAUCAGCGAUACGAUCGACUUAGUUGAGCCAUUGGAGUUUGACAGGCGCAGGUUGGCAGAGGUUCUGCACCGCCGUGUCGAGCGAAAGGCUGCGACUGGAGCAACCGGUGGCCGCCAACAGUUGGAUAUUGACCUUCAUGCAGUGCUGAAGGGGCAACUUCCAAGGAAGUAUGGCGACAUGCCGCAGCACAUGGGGAAUUACGAGCGAAUUGCCCCAAGCGAAGCUUGGGACAACAUGGUCCGAAGUAGAAGCCUUCUGUUCAACAGGGUCGGGUCUUCCAGCUGA